AUCCAAAUGCCCCAAAAAGAUCCCUUUCUGCCUACAUGUUCUUCGCCAAUGAUAACAGAGAUAUUGUCAGAUCUGAAAACCCAGGUAUCUCCUUCGGUGGUGUUGGUAAAUUAUUAGGUGAAAGAUGGAAAGCUUUAACUCCAGAAGAAAAAGUUCCAUAUGAAACCAAAGCUGAAGCUGAUAAAAAAAGAUACGAAGAAGAAAAAGCUAACUACCAAGCUCAACAACAACAAGAAGAAUAAAUUUAUUGAUGUAUUUGUUUAAUUGGGAUUAACAAAAAAAAUUUGCUGUAUUUUUAGAUGAUGAAGAAAUGAUUAAGUUGGUCCUAUUGAGAUGAAAUAUUUUAUGUUGUUAUUAUUUUUAUUGCUAGUUUUUUUUCCUUCUUCUUUUUUAUUGUUUUAUUAAUCUUUUUUUAUGGUUAAUUUAACCGUGUCUUUUUUUUAUUUAAUUCACUUCUACUUUUAUGUUUUCAACUGGGAUUAGGUUGUUUAUUUUUAUUUUUGUAUAAUUAAAAUUAUCUUUGUUCCUUAUUUAAA